AUGAAGUGGCAAUCCUGGAAUCGCGUUCUGGGCCUGUCGUCUCGUGCGAUCUUCCUCACCACUCAGCGUCUACUGGAUGUGGCGGCAGUGGUGUAUGCCGGAGGCGACAGUGGCCCUUCAAUCACCCCAAUGGUAUUGGGCUUGUUGCUUUCGACCACGUUGACCGUGGUCACGAUGCGAGCUCAUUGGUCGGGUCUGCGGCACCGAGCCCACGGGACCGUGGUCGCCGUGGUGACCUCCAUGCUGCAGGUGGCGGCGGUGUGGGAGAUGGCGGACAAGGUCCUGUCGGGUGGUCGGCCUCGGCCGAAGUAUCGUGCCAUGGACCCAGAUGCGUCUCAGCCUCUCCUGCCACUGGCCUCUGCUCCUGAUCCCAGCUCGAACCCUCCAAAAGGGAGCCCUGGGGAGAAUGCCAUGCGCGGAGUGCGGAAACUGAGUAUCUGCAACAUCCCGCAGGCCUUCAUUUCGCUGUGGUUCCACAUGGGCCUCUUGAUCAAAGGCGCCACGUGCUCCACACACUUAUCAGUGGCCUUCCUAGCAGGCUAUCUGUCACUGAGCUUUGGCAUUGCAGACUUCGUGCUCUACAUCUGGGUAGAUGAUGUCUUCGUGCGAAGUAACAAGAAGCUGGUCACUGCUCACUAUUGUGUGGAGAUCAUCGCGAGGUUGCCCACCUUGGCGUUCUUCCACUAUGCCUGCAAGAGCAAGAAAGGCCCUUGGCCUUUGCUCAGCCUCUUCCUGCUAGACGUCUCUGGUACUUCUUUACUGUUGCGUUUCGCUCGAGCGCACAAAUCUCUCUUGGAUUCCACGUCUACGUCCAGAUGCGCCAACUUCCUCUUCUCCACCGUGGUUUCUGCACAGCUCUUCUUUGUGAACGUGGUGUUUUUCGAUCCCGGCAUGCAUUUCCUGUAUGUGAAUCAAGUGUUCUAUGUGAUCAAGUAUCUGGAGUUCGUGGUCAUGUGGCGUUGCAUCCAGGAAGCUGGCUUUCUUAGCCCCCAUAGCCGUUGGACGGUGGACAUCGCCCAGCUUCCCAGAGGCUGGUAUCAGGGGCUUUUUCUCUUCUGCCUUUUCUUCCUGCUGCUCAAUGCACUCUUUGUGUGGACCUUGGUGCCCCAGCGCCGGCGAGAGAAAGACCAACGCUACUUCACCCCGGUUCAUGGCUAUCCAGAGCCGGUUCCAGCAUCUGCUGACACGAGCCGGCUUCGGCCCAGCGGUGAUCCGGCACAUCAGCGACAGCUACAUGGACUUGAAGGUAUUUUCGAGCUGCUGCUUCUGCUGAGCAAGGUCCACCAUCCGAAGAAUCGCUCCAGAUUGGUCAUGGCCAUCCUGGAUGAGCUGUGGUUACACGCCCUGCCCUGGGAAGGAAUCUACCAAAAUGAAGCUGGAGCUCGAUUCAACCUUCAGGUGAGUGACUAUGGCAUCCUGAAGUGCUCUGAUCAUCUGAAUGCUGGUGCUGAAGUGCUUGGAAACGUGAGUAAGGGGCACUUAGAGAUGUCCGAUGGCCGCCAUGGAAAGUUCGAUGGCUACCAGCUAGUCUGGUCGGAUGGCAGCCGCUGGCGUCGAGUGGAUGAGCAACGCUGGCACCAGGACCUGAAGUUGAUCCUUCCGCAGCUGGCAUCUGCUUUAUGCUGGGAUUGUCAUACUCCACAAUGGCCAUGGGAGCGGAAGGUGCCCGGCGAAGGCUUCCGGAGGCCGCUCCUGGAAUUCCUAGUGGAGUUUGCCGAGAUGACCCAGCAGCGAGACUUCGUUUGCGACCUCUAUUGGGCCUUGGUGUGCCUGUCAAAUCAGGAGGGAGAUGGGAAGACUUCUUUGGAUCCUGAGCCAUGUACCUAUCGCGCCGUGCGACUGGCAUUGGUGCAGGUGCUUCUGCAGGGUUCGUCCUCCGGCCAGGAUUUCUACAUUUUGGCACGUGAGGACCUCUAUCGCCAACGGGAGCUGUGGCGCCAGCACAUGGCGCUCAGCACGGCCGUGCGGCGGAGCCACGUGGGGGCGGCGUUGAAGACACAGGUUCUCCGGGAGGCACUCCAGCGCAGCUUCGCUGAAGCGCGUGGUGAAACUGGGGAAGCUGCCCAAGAAGAUGAGGCUUCCCUGAGAAUGUCCUCAAGUGCCCCGACGGUCUCGCUGCUCUCGCCACGGGAUGCUACGGGGCGCAGGGUGCAGGUCUCCUUGCCUGUGGACCCGACAGCGCAAUUCUGCGGCACCGUGGUGGAGGAAAGCGAAGUGCUUUCAUCCAAGCAGUCUCCCAUGAUGCUCGUGUGCCGGAUGAAGAAGUCUGUGGAUGGCCCGAUGCCGCCAAGCCCGAGCCCGUGCGAGCCAGAGCUGAUUGAGAGAUAUUUGGUCAAGGUCGGCGAUGACUUGCGGCAAGACCAGCUGAUGCUGGAGUUGAUGUCGUUGAUGGGCCGCGUUUGGCAAGCUCACCUGCUGCCAGAGGAUGUUCAGUUGCUGCAGCUGGCUGAGUUUCAGGUGCUGGCAGUGACACCCAAUGCUGGCUAUGUGAAGUUUGUUCCGGAGUCGACCUGUUUGACCGAAGUCCUCCGCCACUCGCGGGGGAACGUCAUGGCCUGGCUGUCGGAGCAUCGGCCCAAGUCGAUGACGGUGGACACGGUCAUGGACAACCUGUGCGGCAGCGUGGCAGCCAGUUGUGUUGUGACCUACGUCCUCGGCAUUGGGGAUCGACAUUUAGAGAACAUUUGCUUAACCAGCUCAGGCCAUUUGUUCCACAUCGACUUCGGCUUUGUGUUGGGCGACGACCCAAAACCACUCUCGCCCCCGGUGAGACUUCCAGCACAAAUCGCGCAAGCGCUCAUCGCUAGCAAGCGGCUCAACAAAUGCUUCAAAUUGGCCAAGCGCGCCUACCUGGCACUCCGGCCCUUUGCGCAGCUUUUCGCUGCUCUGCUGCAGCUUGCAGCUGCAGGCGCAGGCUGCGCCAAGCUCGCACGGCAGCCGAUGGCGGCAGUGGCCGGCGUUCAGGAACGCUUGCGGGUAGAGGAGGAGGAUGAGGAACGAGCUGCGGCGGAGUUCUUGGCGUUGAUGCGCGAGAGCUCGCAAGGAUUUGCCUCUGUCAUGAUUGACAAGGUGCAUGCCGCUGGUCUUUUCUGGCGAUGA